AUGGCCACGCAACCGGCGGUGCCCAUCAUCGUGGGCGUGGGCGACUUGCGCAACAAGUCGUUCAAGGUGGAAGACGCCGUUGAGCCGGCGCAGCUCAUGGUCAACGCUGUUCGGCGCGCCGUUAAUGACAGCGGACUGGACCAAGCCGCCCAGAAGUCUCUGCUGUCGCAGGUUGACAGCCUGAGAGUAGUGCCAACCUGGACGUGGGCAUACAAUGACUUGCCCGGCGUCAUUUCCCAUCGACUAGGCAUAAAGCCGACUCGUCGAGUCCUGGGCGAGCACGGCGGCAACCAACCGGCCUUGCAAUGCGACGAAGCCGCCCGAGACAUUGCCGCCAGAAGGAGCAUCGUUUCAGUAUUGACGGGAGGAGAGGCGCUGGCAUCUCGCAAGUCUUGCCCAUCUCUGCCGCAACAACGAGGGAGUCGCUGGCUCGAGCCUGAUCCCAAUGGAAAACAGCUCGCAUCUCUGGACCUUUCCAUCCUCAAAGAAAGCUCCGGCACCUUGCACUCCAUGGGCCUUCCCAUCCAUGUAUACCCUCUAUACGAAAAUGGCCGCCGUGCCCACCGGAGACUGUCCGCGACAGAAAAUUCCAUCGAGUCUGCUCAAAUGUAUGCCGAGUUUGACAGAAUCGGGUCCGAGAAUGAGUAUUCCUGGAACUACCAGCAGCCUCCAAAGACAGCUGAGCAAAUCGGACUCGUGUCCAAGAAGAACAGGAUGAUUUGUGAUCCGUAUCCCCUGUUGAUGAAUGCCUUUAACGGCGUCAACUUGUCGGCAGCCUGCAUCCUUACAUCGACAGAAAACGCAAAGCAGCUUGGUAUUCCCCAAGACAAGUGGAUUUAUGUUUUGGGCGGUGCGGGCACGCACGAAAAGGACAAUUUUUGGGAACGGCGGCAUCUGCAUCACAGUGAAGCCAUUGCAAAGUCAAUCGAUGCCGCGUUGGAUGUUUCGGGCCUCUCGACGGGCGACAUUGACUGCUACGACUUCUACUCGUGUUUUCCGAUCGUGCCCAAGCUUGCCUGCGAUCACGUUGGCUUGUCUACUACAUCAUGGCAAAAGCCCAUCACGCUCCUAGGGGGCUUAACCUCAUUCGGAGGCGCCGGAAACAACUACUCCAUGCACGCCAUCACCGCCAUGGCCCGGGAACUACGGGCCAAGAGGCACAACACUGGUCUCAUUCUAGCCAACGGCGGCAUGCUCACGCACCAGCAUGCUCUGUGCUUGUCGGCCCGGCCUAGGGGAGACGGACGAGCCUACCCGACGAGUAAUCCGUUGCCAGAAAUCGUCGAUGGAUACAGUCCGCGGUUUGCCGAAGCAGCAGAUGGCACGGCAACGAUUGAGACUUAUACCAUCGAGUACAACCGAGAUGGGACGCCGGGCGUAGGCCUCAUUGUUGGCAGACUACGAGGGACAGGCCAGCGAUUCCUCGCCAACCACGGCGACGACCAAACUCUGUCUCGGCUGGCGACUACCGCCACAGAGCAUAUUGGAAAGACUGGAAGGGUAAGAACAGGAGACGACGGCCGGAACUUGUUCUUUCUCGACGCAAUGACGAAGCUGUAG